GUGUGUCGAAGAUGUUGAAAUAUUAUUUUGAUCUCCUCUCUCAGCCCAGUCGGGCUGUGUGGAUAUUCCUGAGAAUGAACAAUAUCCCACACAUUCCUUGUCCUGUGGCCCUUCGGAAAGACAGUGUUGAGGACGUAGUGGAUUGGUUGGUUGUUGCCAACAGUGUGGCCAUCCUGCGGUACCUUUGUCGGGAGUUUCCUGUGGCAGAGCAUUGGUACCCAAGAAAUAGCUGCACCCAAGCUCGUGUGGAUGAGUAUAUGGCAUGGCAGCAUGCCAACACUCGCCUCAAUUGUGCCAUGUUCUUUCAGGCUAAGUGGUUAAAUCCUACCAUCACUGGAGAACCUGCAAAUGAGGAAGACAUCCAACGUUUCCAGCAAGGCAUGGAAAAGGUUCUCACUGAGUUGGAAACAGUGUGGUUAAAGGAUCGUCAUUUCAUCUCCACAGACAACGAUAUUUCUUUGGCUGACCUCCUGGCUGUUUGUGAACUUGAGCAACCAAGUAUUGCUGGUUAUGAUGUGUAUGAGGGUCGUCCCAAGCUGAAUGACUGGGGUGAGCGUGUGAAGGCCCGCCUGAAUCCCUAUUUUGGAGAAGCUCAUACCAUCGUUUUCAGGUGGAAGGAAAAGUUCAGUGGAAAGCCACCCUCCAAACUAUAA